GUAUCCUGAGAGGUCUAGUGAAACGGAACAGAAGAAGGUACUUCCUGUAUGCCGUCCGCUUUGCUGUGUUUUCACAUAAAAUUACAGCUGUCUUUCACUGUCUGACCACAGGGAUGGCUCAGUGGGGGGCCGUCUUCUCUAUUAUUGCUGCUCUUGGAGGAGCGGCGCUGUUGGCCUCUGUGCACAAAAUUGAUGAAGGACACACUGGAGUGUACUACAGGGGAGGGGCGCUCCUCACUACCACCACUGGCCCAGGUUUCCACCUUAUGCUUCCAUUCAUCACCACCUACAAGUCCGUACAGACGACGCUGCAGACGGAUGAGGUGAAGAACGUACCAUGUGGGACAAGUGGAGGAGUUAUGAUUUACUUUGACCGCAUUGAAGUGGUGAACUUCCUCGUUCCAUCAGCAGUAUAUGACAUAGUGAGGAACUUCACAGCAGACUAUGACAAAGCUUUGAUUUUCAACAAAGUGCACCAUGAGCUCAACCAGUUUUGCAGCGUUCACUCGCUACAAGAAGUCUAUAUCGGCUUGUUUGACCAAAUUGAUGAAAAUCUCAAAUUGACGUUACAAGAGGAUCUAACGUCUAUGGCACCUGGGCUUAUAAUACAGGCUGUGCGCGUCACUAAACCCAACAUUCCUGAGAGCAUUCGCAGGAACUACGAGCUCAUGGAGAGUGAAAAGACAAAACUGCUGAUUUCCCAGCAGACACAGAAGGUGGUGGAGAAGGAGGCAGAAACUGAGAGGAUUAAAGCUGUCAUAGAGGCGGAGAAAGUGGCACAAGUCUCAGAAAUCAAGUUUGGGCAAAAAGUUAUGGAGAAGGAAACUGAAAAGAAGAUCUCUGAAAUUGAAGAUAAUGCUUACCUGGCCCGGCAGAAAGCCAAGGCAGAUGCAGAGUAUUAUACAGCCCUGAGAGCGGCUGAGGCCAACAAGUUGAAGUUAACUCCAGAGUACCUGCAGCUGAUGAAGUACAAGGCCAUCGCAGCCAACAGCAAGAUCUACUUUGGAAACGACAUACCUCAGAUGUUUGUGGACUCUGGCUCCGCAGGGAGCUCCAUCAAGGCCUCCGCAGUCCUGGAUGUUUUUAAUGAUCAAGUUAUAGACCUGGAUUAACGAAGAAAGUAGCGGGACCCUUAGGACCACCAAGAGUGGCGGACUCCUUGCGGGUGACAGUGGUACUCCCUGUUAUCAACAUAAUCUGUUGUCCAGGGCAAGUAUUUCUCAGAUAAUUCAGAAUCACUACAGGAAGUCCUACUGGAAGGUUGGAGAGGAUAAAUUAAAAAGUUCAGCUCCAAUGCAGAAACUUCAUUAGGUUCCUUCAACUCUGUUCUGGUCAAAAGACAAAAUGUUAACCCAGAACGGUAGGACAGCUAAAAUGUUCAUCGGUCCCAGAUCCAUUGAACUGACAUGCAACCAAAAAAAAUAAAUGGCUCUGAAGAUUUGUUCUUGCUGCUGCACUUUUUAGGAUUUUGCAGUCAAUGUAGUGGCAUAAUGAAAGAACAAGUGUUUGUUGCUUUCUUUUUUAGCUGUUUCCCAUUUGUUAAGUCACAAUGGAUCUUUGUUCAGUUGGACACAGGCAGCUGUUUAAUUUCCUACACAUGCUCCUUAAUUAAAAUGAGAUUAAACUGCUUGUUUUCGUA